AGAACAUUCGCGUCCGUGAGACCGAAAUCUUCGAGAGGGGCAGGAGCAGCCACGGAUGGGGGUUUUGGAUGGUUGUGUGGUGGUAAUAAAUCAUCAAUAAAUAUCACCUCUCCUCCUCUGAAGAGCAGCGAUAAGAGCCUACCUUGGCGCGCAGUCACUUUCACCUACUCAAACCUCAUUUCACCAGCCUAGCGUCACUAUCGUCUUCUGUUCUUGAUCCUUGUUCUGUUCCUCAAAAGCCUCCCCCAGCGCUGUCUCUGUACACAGGUCAAGACAGCCUCUCACCGUACACUCAACUUUGCCCUACACCAGCAACAAAACAAUGGCCGUCAACGCUACAGUCCUCUACCCCGCCGAGGAGGGCGCCACCUUCGACUUGAACUACUACCUGAAAACCCACAUGCCGCUGGUCAGCGAGAAAUGGGGCCAGUACGGCCUGAAGGGGUGGAAGGUGGUCGAAUUCCAGGCGGCCCCGGACGGCUCCAAGCCCUACAGCAUCGCGGCGUUGUUGACCUGGGAGACGGCCGACGGGCUCAAGCAGGCUCUCAGCAGCCAGGAGGCGCAGACGGUGUUUGGCGACGUGCCCAACUUCAGCAACAAGUCCCCGCUCUUCAUCGCGGGUGAUAUUGUUGGUUCUUCGUGAGUGAGUGCCUUGCUGCUCUGUGACGCAUGGAGGAACGCUCCCCAAGAGGGCAGGAAAGAGUCGAUUGUGAAGAACGUCGAGUCAGGGGUGCUUGAGAGAAGGAGCAGAGCCAGUCGCAGGAGGAUACGGAUUCCUUUCGCCUCAUCAAUGGGGAUUUGAAACUCAAUAUCUCGACAUGUUGAAUUGAAGGCCGUGAUUCUCCCCGUGCGCAGCUGGGAAUGCCUUCUACCUUCCACCGUGAGCCUUUUCCGAUAUCGUUGCAAAAUCGAAAAAAUGCAUAUGAGUCUUCCCAGAAAGGAGUGGAACUUGCCUUCCAGUACCACAAGAGCCGUCAUCUCAUCACAGCCGC